UCAAACCCAAAGAGGCAAAUUCCAUCCUUUCUUUUUGUUGAACUCUAUGUCAAAGUUCUCAUCUCUUUUUGGUUCCCUAUAUGAAUCUCCCUCUUCUGCAUAACCAAGAACGCUUCUUUUCUUUUGUAUCUGUAAUUUUCUUCCAACCCCACUUGCUAAAAUGAGUAACGCUACCGGAAUUGACGGUGAAAGGCGGCGGAAGAGAGAAGGGAGUGAUGACGAUGAUGAUAAUAUCAAUGGUCAGGAUCGAGGAGAAGCCAAGACCAAAGACUUGAAAGGUAUAAUUACUUCGUUGAUUUUGAUUGAAGAGCAGGAGAAGCGGGACAGGGAUGAGCGGGAGGAAGCGGCGGCAGAGGAGAAAUUGGAUUUGGACUUGAAUUCGAAGAAGAAGACCAAAAGUAUGGUGGAAUUCUACUCCAAUUUUCGGGAUUACUACACGGAAAUUGAUGAGGCCGACCGGCUGAAGCGGAAGCGGUCACGAGCGAUGGCGGCUUCCGUCGCGGUGGCAACUGUGGAAGAAGCCCAGGAGGGGAAACCCAAUAAGGGGAGCACCGGAGUUGGGUCGGGUCAUCAGCAUCGGCGGUUGUGGGUGAAGGACCGGUCAAAAGCUUGGUGGGAGGAGUGCAGCAGCCCGGAUUACCCGGAAGAAGAAUUCAAAAAAGCCUUCCGAAUGGGGAAAUCAACAUUCGACAUGAUAUGCGAGGAAUUGAACUCUGUAAUCGCAAAAGAAGACACAACAUUACGAAAUGCGAUUCCGGUGAAACAGAGGGUCGCCGUCUGCAUAUGGCGGUUAGCCACCGGCGAACCAUUGAGGCUCGUUUCGAAACGUUUCGGAUUGGGGAUUUCAACCUGCCAUAAAUUGGUGCUUGAAGUCUGCACGGCGAUAAGGACGGUGUUGAUGCCCAAGUACUUACAGUGGCCGGACGAUGAUGCUCUGAUGAAGAUAAAGGAUAAAUUUGAAUCAGUUUCCGGAAUCCCAAAUGUUGUUGGGUCAAUGUACACUACACACAUACCCAUCAUCGCACCAAAGAUCAGUGUAUCAGCUUAUUUCAACAAGAGACACACAGAGAGGAAUCAGAAAUCAUCUUACUCGAUUACAGUACAGGGUGUUGUUGAUCCCAGAGGAGCUUUCACUGACGUUUGUAUAGGGUGGCCGGGUUCCAUGAACGACGAUCAGGUGUUGGAGAAGUCCGCUCUGUACCAGAGGGCUAGUGGCGGUCUUUUGAAGGGUGAUUGGAUCGUGGGAAAUUCAGGGUACCCAUUAUUGGACUGGGUUCUGGUUCCUUACACACAGCAAAAUUUGACGUGGACACAGCAUGCUUUCAACGAAAAAAUUGGGGAAAUCCAGAGGGUGGCGAAGGGCGCCUUUGCACGGCUGAAAGGGCGGUGGAGCUGCCUCCAGAAGAGAACAGAGGUGAAGUUGCAGGACUUGCCGGUGGUUCUUGGGGCAUGUUGUGUUUUGCAUAAUAUAUGUGAAAUGAGGAAUGAGGAACCGGAUCCGGAGCUGAAGAUUGAGCUUCUGGAUGAUGAAAUGGCGCCGGAAGUUCCCGUGAGAUCGGGGAGCUCCAUGAAAGCUAGGGAUGCCAUUGCUCAUAAUCUACUGCACCAUGGUCUUGCUGGAACUUCUUUUCUGUAAUGCAAAAACACUUGCAUUGUUUUUCUUUUUGAUUUUUUUCAGGUUGAAAUUCUUUGUCUUAAAGGAUUGUACAAAAGAUAGAUUGGUUCCCACAGCUAAUAGCUCACAGGAAGAUCAAGAUGUAUUAUCCUAGGUUUCAAUAGCUUAAAUUAUGUACUAAUAACACAAAAUGAAAUUAAACAUUGACU